CCGUUAAAAGUCACAUCUGGGGACUUCUCUCUAACCAUUUGAUAGGCUAAAACUAAACACGAAACGUCUGACAAAAAUGUAUCGUUCGGCUUAUCAGAAAGGUUUUCUCACAGUGCUCUACAGCGUGGGCAGCUCACCGCUGGAGAAGUGGUCUUCCUAUACCAAAAAUGGUUACAUAAAGCGUAUCUACGAUGAGGAUAUCAAGUCUCUGGUGCUGGAAAUAAUGGGUUCCAAUGUGUCCACCACAUUCAUCCACUGCCCCAGUGAGUGCAAGGAGCAGCUCGGCAUCAAGCUGCCCUUUUUGGUGCUACUCAUCAAGAAUAUGCACAAAUAUUUUUGCUUCGAAGUAAAGAUUCAAGAUGAUCAACGUUUCAUGCGCCGCUUUCGUGUGUCGAAUUUCCAGAGUAAGACUUCCAUAAAGCCAUUCUGCACAGCCAUGCCGAUGGGCAUGUCGCCUGGCUGGAACCAGAUACAAUUCAAUCUCGCUGAUUUCACGCGCCGCGCCUAUGGCUCCAACUAUCUGGAGACCGUAUCGCUGCAGAUCCAUGCCAAUGUGCGCAUUCGCCGCGUCUAUUUCACUGACAAGCUCUACGCGGAGGCAGAGCUUCCCAAUGAGUACCGCUUGUUGGGCAAGCCCAAGGAUUUGAAGAAGCCGGAGAAACAGUUUAAGGUGCCACCCACCGCUCGUCCUCCAUCGCCUCUGAAUACAGCACGUGGGGAAGGACCGGUGAAGGCAGCCAAGCCCGCUGCGCCCGUUCAGGAAUCGGAGCCAGAGGCUGCUCCGGAGGUCAAGAAGGAACCGUCGCUUUCCAUCUCCGUGGGCGUGGCCUCGGCCACGGCUGCUGCGGAACCUUCGGCUGCAGCCGAUGAGCCUCCCACACAGGCUGAAGCCACUGAGGAGGCUUACUAUUAACAUUUUAUUUACGUU